UAGGAAACGAACGAGGAAACGGUACCACAAGUUAUUGUGUUACAACCGGAAAUAUUAGUGGAAAUAGUUCUGUUGGAGGCAUUUGUGGGAAUGUUGGUCAUUCAUAUGGAGCAUUAAAAUAUUAUACAAGAAUAACCCAAUGCAAAUCUACGGGGAAUAUAACAGCCACCACAAGCAAUGCUGGAGGAAUAUUUGGAGCCGGAAGAACGUAUCUAUCUCAUUCCUAUUCCACAAGUAGUGUCAGUUGCCCAACCUCGUGUGGUGGAGUAGGGGGAACAUUAACACAAGGUAGUAUUACAAAAUGUUAUUCUACUGGACUAAUUACUGGAACUACGAAUGCCAAAGGAUUCUUAGGUGUAAAUAGUGGUGGCUCAUCAAGUGGUUGUUAUUGGGAUAUUGAAACAUCUGGAAAAACUACCAGCGCUGUCGGAACGGGUAAAACAACCACUGAGAUGAAAACACAAUCAACCUUUACUGAUUGGGAUUUUGAAACUAUCUGGAAUAUUGGAACUCAUUUUGAUGGUUAUCCAUUUUUAAGAGCGUUCCCUGUCUUAAUUAUAACAAUAAUAAACAGUAUUGAUAGUUUAAUUGAAUUUGGCUGUGGAGAAUAA